AUGAUGAAGAGUGAUGCAUCAUGGGAAAACUUUAACCAAAGCUACCCAGGAGAAUUUAUCUUAUUGGGAGUAGCUGACCGCCCUCACUUGGAGAUGUUGCUCUCUGCAAUCGUCCUGCUCUGCUAUGUAAUGACCCUGCUGGGAAACACAACCAUCAUUGUGGUGUCCCGGCUGGAUCCCCAUCUCCACACCCCCAUGUAUUUCUUCCUCAGCAACCUCUCCUUUCUUGACCUCUGUUACACAACCAGCCUUGGCCCCCAGAUGUUGGUGAAUUUCUGGAGAAGAAGAAAGACCAUUACGUACGUUGCCUGUGCAGUCCAGCUGUUCGUCUCCCUUGGUCUGGGCUCAACAGAAUGUCUUCUGUUGGCAGCUAUGGCCUAUGACCGCUAUGCUGCAAUCUGCCAACCUCUGCAUUACACCGCCAUUAUGAGCCAUUCCACAUGUUUCAAAAUGGCUGCUGUCUCCUGGGUGAGUGGCUUCAGCAACUCACUAGUACAGACAGCAAUGACUCUGAAGCUUCCCUUGUGUGGACAGAACAGGGUGGAUCAUUUUUUCUGUGAAGUACCAGCUUUGCUCAAACUGGCAUGUGUUGACACUUCAGUCAACGAGGCUGAGCUCUUUGCAUCCAGCGUGGUCAUCCUUCUGCUCCCUCUGAGCCUCAUCGUAAUAUCUUAUUGUUAUAUCACAGCAGCCGUGCUGAGGAUCCACUCAGCCAAAGGCAGGCGCAAGGCUUUCAACACCUGUGCCUCCCACUUGACUGUGGUCUCGCUCUUCUAUGGCUCAGCAAUUUUUAGUUAUCUCCAGCCCCCUUCUAACUACUCCCGUGACCAAGGCAAGAUGAUGUCCUUGUUCUAUACCAUGGUUGCUCCGAUGCUUAACCCAUUAAUCUAUACACUGAGGAACAAAGAAUUCCACAGGGCUCUAAGUAGAGUAAUGGGCAGGGAACCAACCGCUUAG